AUGGGCCAAAUCCUAGCUUCCUUGAAUCUCCGCGGAGGAACUGAUUCGAUUGUACCUGAAAUCAACUUUGAUAUUGAAAAUGCUAGACCUUCCUUGGAAGAGCUGGGAAUUUACAACGAACUCUAUGCGCUAUUAGUACAACCCAAUUCCAAUUUAUUGAAUAUCCUUAAAGAAUACAAACCCGCUUCAGAUGAGAUCCGAAAUGCAAUAGCAACGCCUAAUCAGGAAAACGAGGAUAAAGCAUGGAACGCUAUUUUACCCACUGUGGAUGCUCUGCGUGAAUUCUACACUUAUUCUUCCGAGUUGGAACGAGGCAUCCCAAUGUUACUCAAUGUUCUAUGUAAAGAUGGCGGUGGUACAACAAAAGAUCUUGACAGGCAUCCAGGGCUAACAAGAUUAUUUGCUGAAAUACUGGAUUUUGUAUUCGAGUUUGACCAUCUCAAGAUUAGAAAUCCCACACUACAAAACGACUUUUCAUUCUAUCGCAGAACACUGCAACGAGGCAGAGCCGCAGAAUCCACGCUGACAACACCUACAUCACCCGAGAAAGAGAAUACCAAUCAAUCAGAUCUGCGAUUAGCUAUCAACGAGGAUGACUUGGCUAAUCGCAUUUCCCUGUUCAUUGCAUACCCUACACCCAUGUUGAAAUGCGUCAUUGAUACAACUACAAAAUACGUGCAGUCAAAUCAAUUAGUAAAAUGCACGAGUGAAUGGCUAGCGAGCAUUUGGGCAGUGUGCUAUCAGACACUAAAUACAAACUAUAAGAAAUCCAGCAGCAGCUCAGUCGAUACCUUUUGCUUGAAAGUGAUGGUGGUGUCCAUCAUAUUGUAUGACCAUAUUGAUCCGAGCGGUGCCUUCACCAAGUCGUCACCCAUCAAUGUAAAAAGCUCCUUGAAAAUAAUUCAGAAUGUAAAUCAGAUCAACCGACAAGAACAAACAAGCAUAUCAAAUCUUAUUUGUGCCUUGAGAUAUAAUUCGAAGCAUCUAAAUGAUGAGUCCACACCAAAAGGAAUAAAGAAUUUUGUCAUGGCCAUUUAA